CCAUAAGGUAGGAGCUGCUCUAUGCCUGUUCCACACUCACCUGCUAGCCUGCCAUAGGCCUAAACGGACAAAAAUAAACGAAUGAAAUAUAAAACCAAGAACGGACGGAAAUUAAUUUUUUUCCUUGGAUCGAAACCGUUAUAUUAUCUUCUCCGUUGGUUCGAAUGGAACACCCAUAUUUGACAAUAACUGGGCCGGGAGCGUUCAAAUGAUUCUUUAAAAUCCGUUUGACGCGCAGCACCAGUCGUGGUAUUUUGGAGGGGGGUGGAGGAGCGAGAGACGCAGCGAGAGCGUUGCUACAGAAAAACACGCACGAAAUAUUCAAAGAAUCACCAGGACGCGGGAAGAAACCUAGAGGAUACAUUGUGACGAAUAAAAAAAAGAGAAACGGCGUAUUGCGGGCUGUCCGUUCAUUUUAAAAAAUGGUGUCCACAGUUUUUGCUGUGACACUGUCUGUCACACUGCUGCACCUGGCUUCAGGUGCAUCUUUAGGGACGUCAGAUCCUGAGGCUCCUCCCACUGUGACCUCCAGUCCCCAGCCCUUGGGAGAACUCAUCCAUGCUGCACUUCUCAGUAAGGAGUACCUGGGCCACACCCCUGGUAGCAAAGGUACAACUACUAACCCGACCCAGGCCAUCCCGUCCAUCAGAGAAUCAGAUCCCGCCUCCACAGUGAUGUCACCAGGAAUCCUCACCACCGCAGUGACCUCAUCGACUGCACCUCAAGCAGGCCAAUCAGUUUUUGGGAGUGCCGUGACAUCACCACCAGCUGAAGAAGAGACCACAACCACUCUAAUCACUACAACAACUAUAACAACAGUGCACACACCAGUUCAGUGCAAUGCCAGUCUGUCAGGAAUGGAGGGAAUAGUCGAGUCCCCUGAUCCACUCUCCUCCUCAUCUCCCUUUUCUCCGCUGGAGUGCACCUACAGCAUCACCGUUUAUCUUGGAUAUGGUGUUGAAAUACAGGUGAAGAAAGUAAACUUGUCCAAGGAGGAGUCACUUACCAUUCUGGAGCUGGGUGCGACAGCGCCUGAGCUUUUAGCCAAUGAGACGCUAAUGAGCGAAGGUCAGGUGAUUCGUAGCUCAACCAACCAAGUGCAGAUCCACUAUAAGAGCCUGAAGCAAGCCAAUCAUGGUGUUUUCAGCUUUUACUAUCAAGCGUUCCUCCUGUCCUGCUCAUUUCCCCUCUCCCCUGAGGGCGGUGGAGUGACCGUAACUGAUAUUCAUCCUGGGGGUCAGGCUCACUUCCAUUGUGAUCCUGGAUUUGAGGUCAGAGGUCAUGAGGUUGCAACCUGUUUGAAUUCCACCCGACCCAAAUGGAGCACCCCAGAACCCCAGUGUGUGGCUGUAUCUUGUGGAGGGUGGAUUAGAAAUGCUACAGUUGGACGCAUUCUGUCCCCAACCCUCCCCUCUGCAAGUAACCAUAGCAGCGGUAGCAACCUGAGCUGCCAUUGGCUGCUGGAAGCCAAGGAAGGCCACAGGCUCCACCUCCAUUUUGAGAGGGUGGCUCUUGAUGAAGACAAUGACAAGCUGAUUGUGCGUAGUGGGAAUAGCUCUAUAGCGCCACUCCUCUUCGACUCGGAUCUGGAUGACGUUCCAGAACGAGGCUUCGUGAGCGAGGGAAUGUCUCUCUAUGUGGAGCUCACAGCAGAUUCUUCUUCCAUCCCACUGCUGCUGGCACUCCGCUAUGAGGCCUUUGAUGGGGAACACUGUUAUGAACCUUACCUGCCUCAUGGGAAUUUCAGCAGCAGUGACAUCACCUUCCCAUUGGGUACUAUAGUAACCUUCUCAUGCUCUCCUGGUUUCGUCAUGGAGCAAGGCUCAGGAGUUAUGGAGUGUGUUGACCCCAAUGACCCUCACUGGAAUGAGAGUGAACCUGUCUGCAGAGCUUUGUGUGGCGGGGAGCUCACAGACCCAGUGGGAACUGUGUUGUCACCUGACUGGCCACAGAGCUACUCUAAGGGGCAGGACUGUGUGUGGCAAAUACAUGUCAGCGAGGACAAGCGCAUUGAACUGGAUGUACAAAUUUUGAACAUCCGUCAUAAUGACAUUCUCACUCUAUUUGAUGGCCAUGAUCUGACGUCACAUGUGAUUGGCCAGUACCUGGGCUCAAGAGAAAGGUUCAGGGCUGUAUCAGGAGGUUCAGAGGUCACCAUUCAGUUUCAGAGUGAUCCCGAUGACUCUACGUUUAUACUGAGCCAAGGCUUCCUCAUUCACUACAGAGAGGUGGAACCAAAUGACACAUGUCCUGUCCUUCCGCAAAUUGAGUUUGGCUGGAGCAGCUCCUCCCACCCGUCUCUGGUGAGAGGCAGUGUAUUAACCUAUCAGUGUCAGCCUGGUUAUGACAUUGUUGGCUCUGAUAUCAUCACCUGCCAGUGGGAUCUCUCCUGGAGCAACAACCCGCCCACCUGUGUGAAGAUCCAGCAGUGCCCUGAUCCAGGAGAAGUGGUCAAUGGAGCACGCUCAGUACAUCCGGAGUCUGGUUUUGCUGUGGGAACAGUGGUACGCUUCACAUGUAACCAAGGUUAUCAGCUGGAAGGCCCGAACCAGAUCUCCUGCCAUGGCAGAGACACCGGCAUGCCCAAAUGGAGCGACCGCAGCCCAAAGUGUGUCUUAAAAUAUGAUCCAUGCCCAAACCCUGGUGUGCCUGACAAUGGCUACCAGACUCUGUACAAGCACAGUUACCAGGCAGGUGAGACACUGCGUUUCUUCUGCUAUGAGGGUUAUGAGCUCAUUGGGGAAGUCAUCAUCAACUGUGUCCCAGGACACCCCUCUCAGUGGAAUAGCCCACCACCCUUCUGUAAAGUGGCCUAUGAAGGGCUACUGGAUGAUCAUAAAUUGGAGGUUUCUCAGUCAUUAGAGGCCUCUCAUCAAAUGCUGAGUGAGAACAUUGCAUUGGCUAUUAUCCUGCCAAUCAUUCUGGUCAUCCUUCUGAUUGGUGGAAUCUACAUGUACUAUACCAAUGUGUGUAGGUGGCAGUGGAAACCGUUGUUCUGGAAGUCUCUCUCUCACACCCACUCCUACAGUCCCAUAACGGUGGAGUCUGACUUUAACAACCCUCUCUAUGAGGCAGGGGACACACGAGAGUAUGAGGUGUCCAUCUGAGACAGGAGUCUGCAAAUGAAUCCAAAUUUUGGGUGACUGAAAAGGAGAAGAAAAGGAAGGAUACUGUUAUUUGUCUCUCUUUGCAAGACAUUCAUUCGUUUUAUUCAAUUAAUUACAACACAUAAAUCCCACUCUACACAGUCUCUCUCUCCUCCCUCUCGGUCGAUUCACUGAUGUAAGUACGUAUCAAGAGUUUAUGCAGGUGCCUGUGUAGUAUGUUAGUGUGUGUUUACAUGUGUGUGUAUGUUAUUGGCUGUAUAUGUACAUUAGAGUAAUGAAAUACUGAAAGUAACAACAAAAAAGUUGUAAGUACGUAUUGUUAAUAUGAUUUCCACAGUCAGGCAUGUUUUAUAACAAAGGGUUUGGUGCCUUAAGGACUGUAAAGUGAUGGAGUGAGAGAAAGAAAGAAAUUGAAUGGGG